AUGGCGACGGCUCUGGCGAUGCUGCGGGACUGGUGCGGCUGGGUGGGCGUGAACGCGCAGCACUGUCUGCUCAUCCUGGGCAUCCCAGACGACUGCGAGGACCAGGAAUUCCGGGAGGCCGUGCAGGCUGCCCUGUGCUCCCUGGGCAGGUACCGAGUGCUGGGCAAAGUCUUCAGGAAGGACUUGGGGCCCAAGGUUGCCCUGGUCGAGUUUGCUGAGGAUUUGAACCGAAGCUUGAUCCCCAGACACAUACCAGGCAAGGGGGGGCCCUGGACUGUGGUCUGCCUGCCCCAGGUCCAUGAUACUGACUCACAGGAUCGACCCAAUUUCCCUGCACAGCCCCAGAGACAAGCAGUGGUUGGCAGGGCGGUAGAGGUGGGGGCCGCUGGGGAGGAGGGAGCCUCAGGUGAGGCGGGAGCUGGAGGUGAGGCAGGAACUGCAGGUGAGGCAGGAGCUGCAGGUAUGGAAGGAGCCACAGGGGAGGAGGGAGCCUCAGGUGAGGCAGGAGCUGCAGACGAGGAAGGGGCUGCAGGUGAGGAGGGAGCCGCAGGUGAGGAGGGAGCCGCAGGGGAGGCAGGAGCCGCAGAUGAGGAAGGGGCUGCAGGGGAGGCAGGAGCCGCAGAUGAGGAAGGGGCUGCAGGUGAGCCAGGAGCCGCAGAUGAGGAAGGGGCUGCAGGUGAGGAGGGACCCUCAGGUGAGGCAGGAGCUGCAGAUGAGGAAGGGGCUGCAGGGGAGGAGGGAGCCGCAGAUGAGGCAGGAGCUGAAGAUGAGGAAUUGGCUGCAGGUGAGGAGGGACCCUCAGGUGAGGAGGGAGCCGCAGGGGAGGCAGGAGCCGCAGAUGAGGAAGGGGCUGCAGGGGAGGCAGGAGCCGCAGAUGAGGAAGGGGCUGCAGGGGAGGCAGGAGCUGCAGAUGAGGAAGGGGCUGCAGGCGAGGCAGGGGCUGCAGAUGGAAUGUCAGACGAGGAGGGAGCUGCAGGUGACACGGGAGUUGCAGGGGUGACAGGAUCUCUGAGUCGGGCAGGGGCUGCAGGCGAGGCGGGGGCUCCAGGUGAGGAAGCCGCUGCGGCUGUGGCAGGCAUCCUGGAUGAGGCAGGGGCCUGGACCCAGCCGUGGAGGCUGGCCUUGCAGUCCGUGCUAGAGAACAUGGGCUACCAGGAGCUGAGAACCUUCUCCGGGAUGGAAGAGCCGGGCCACGGGGAAGAGUCCUUCGAGAGCUGGCUGGACAACGCCAAUGACAUGCUGUACCUGUGGCGCCACGUGUCCGAGAGGGAGAGGAGGCGGAGGCUGCUGGAGAGCUUGGGCGGCCCCGCGCUGGACCUCCUGUGCGGCCUCCUGGAGGAAGAUCCCGACCUGGCUGCCCAGGACUGCCUGGCCGCGCUGGUGCAUGCGUUUGGGAACCAGGGCACCCCGGGGACCGCUCGGCUGAAGUUCGAGACGUGUGCCCAGCGGCCCCAGGAGACCCUCUCUGCGUACGUGAUGCGCCUGGAGGGCCUGCUGCAGGCAGCCCUGGAGAAGGGGGCCAUCCACCCGGCCAUGGCGGACCGGGCGCGCACCCGGCAGGUGCUGAUGCGGGCCCGGCUGAACCGCACGCUCCAGCACAAGCUGAGGAGGCUGCGGCUGGAGAGGAGGCCUCCUGGCUUCGUGGGGAUGCUGUGGCUCAUCCGGGAGACCGAGGCCUGGGAGGCCGGCCCAGCUGCGGGUGAGCAGUUCCCGGGGGAAGGAGAGGCCCGGGCAGAGGUUGGAGACCUGGCAGCCGUCCCAGCCGCCCCGGCCCAUGAAUGGGGUGCCCCGGCCGCCCUGGCCCACGAGGUCAUCACCGAGGGCACCACUGCAGAUGGAACCGAGGCCUCCCCGGCCGGUGCAGAGACCGCGGCCCAGGCUGCCCUUUCCGAGGAAGGUAGCCCCGAGGCCCCCGCAGCCCGUGAAGAGACCAGUGAGGAAGCUGAUGGCAGCGCCGGGGCUGGUGAGGCUGCCCCUGAAGAUCGUGGUGCCACCAGGGCAGCCCCUGCCCCUGGGGAGACCAGCAAGGUCUCUGCUGCCAGUCAGGAAGAUGGAUGUGCCCCCAGCCCUGCGGGCCUAGGUCAGGCAGGACCCUCAGAUGACCCCGGGGCCCCCAUGCCUGCCCAGAUGGGCAGGGCUUCCCCAGUGCCCUCAGGAGGUCCUGGCUGGGAGCCAGAGGGCCUCACCCAGGCAGGAGACCGGGAGGCUGAGGAGCCCCCCGGGGAGGGCUUCAAGCCCACCCCAGAGGAGCUAGGAAGCGAGGACGGGGCUGCAGAGAGGAGCACCCCUGAGUCCUCCUCGGGCCAGUAA